AAACAGGAAGGUAACCUGCCCGAAACCCGUCUGAGUGACAUGAAAACGCGACAGACCGGAGAAAAGCUCUAAAGGCAAACGGGCUGCCCGCCGAGCCGCUUCGACAGACGGACACGAACCGGCUUUUCGGACCAAACUCCAGCUGUAACGGCUGCUUUAGUUUCUCUGCUGCUAGCGAGCGGAACGGGAUUGUUUUUUUGUAGCUAAGUUAGCUUGUUUGCUAACUUCAACAUCGACAGAGAUUCUUCCACAGCUACUCGGUGUUGCGCAAGGAGGCAAAGCAAGACAUCUCGUUUCUGACGCCCUUUAACAUUUCACAAUGGGAUCCAGAGCGUCCACGUUACUCCGAGAAGAGGAGAUCGAAGAAAUUAAGAAGGAGACUGGCUUCUCCCACAGUCAGAUCACCCGCCUGUACAGCCGAUUCACCAGCCUGGAUAAAGGGGAGAACGGCACCCUCAGUCGAGAAGAUUUCCAGAGGAUCCCAGAGUUGGCCAUCAAUCCUCUGGGAGACAGAAUCAUCAACGCCUUCUUCCCCGAGGGAGAGGACCAGGUAAACUUCAGGGGCUUCAUGCGAACUCUGGCUCACUUCAGGCCGAUUGAAGACAACGAGAAGAACAAGAAUCAAGCUGCCAGCGAGCCACUGAACAGCAGGACAAACAAGCUGCUUUUUGCUUUCCGUCUCUACGAUCUGGACAGAGAUGACAAAAUCUCUCGGGAUGAGCUGCUGCAGGUUUUACGGAUGAUGGUUGGUGUAAACAUUUCAGACGAACAGCUUGGCAGCAUCGCUGAUAGAACCAUCCAGGAAGCCGACACGAACGGAGACAACUCCAUUUCCUUCAAUGAGUUUAUCAAGGUCUUGGAAAAGGUGGACGUGGAGCAGAAAAUGAGCAUCCGGUUCCUGCACUAGGUUUCCUUUUUCUUACUUUGAGUAGAGCUUGAACAUGUCCGUUGAUGUCAGGAAACAACCUCAUCCAGCUUCUCACCGGGCGGCUGCAGCCCUUCACCACCAGUAACACGCUGUCAGACCAAGCAUUGGGUAGAUAACGUCAUAGGUUUUUGAGUUUCUGCCUUUGCACUUCUCUGUAAACAAAGGGAAAAGUUGCGUGCCUUGGGUUGUUUUAUGCAAUGUCACUAUGUAUUUUUUUUUUUUUCCUAGUUAUGGAACACUAUUUAUUAGUAAACUUUUAGAGGGGUCAUAGCUUGUACCACCGCUGUUCCACUUUUCACAUGAGAAAUGAUUUUCCAGCGCGGUACUAUAAAGCUUUUUGCUAUUGCAGUGAGUAAUUAAGUUUAAAUUCACUCAUGCUGAUAUUUAGCACAUGCUGCGUCUUUGUCUGUAUACAUAUGCAAUGGUUCAUGUGAUUCCUCCUCAGAAAAGUCAGUGUUUUUAACGCUAACAGGAUCUUCACAAUCCUUUUUUUUUCCUUUUUCUUUUUUCUUUGACUUGUGGCAGAGCCAGUCAGACCAGCCAGCUCUGAGGUAGUCCCUUGAAGCAAAGCAGGACCUGCUCCACAGAUUGUUGUUUUACUCACUGAAGUGCCAUGGCUGUGGUUCCUCUUUGUACGUUAUUUAUCUCAACAGACAGCAGGAACCUGUAGCCAUGUUUGUGUUUGUUGUUAUUUUUAACCUCGGUACUGCCAAUGGACUGUAAUUACUUUUUUCCGAAGCAAGUUUGACCCUUUUCCAAAGUCAGUAACCACCUGGGGGCCGCCGCUUGUUCAGUGUGAUAUUAAAGGAAAGGCUUGUUUAUUUACAGCUAAACACGGUGGCAGUAAGACUGAAGAGUUCACACAAAAUGGGGCAUCUUUUUAGUACGGGAGUCUUCCAGGUAACAAAAGUAGGUUUGAAAACUUGUAUCACCAGGAUUUAGCUGCCACCUGACCUGCUUUCUAAAAGUUUGUCCCUCUGAUUAAGACUUAGUUGCGGCCUGGCUGCCACUGCCAGAUCCUGUGGUGGAAACUGGGCUGUGGACCACUUAGGAAAUUUAGAACAAGUAGAGAAAACACGCUUAGCUUUUAUUUAUAUGAUCAGCCUCCCUGUGGUAAAGAACAAAAAUCUUUGUUGACCGAUGCACUGCUCAACAUUUGUCUUGCAGUUUCCUCGCUGACCAGCUCCAAAAGGGAAUCAAACGCAUUGAAAAAAAUAUCCAUUUUCAGUCAAAGCUAGUGCUCCAUGAACUGGAGAGCGAACGUCUGACUCUUUAAUCUGUAACGUGAGUUUGUUAAGUCACUACAAAAACACCCUCCAGCAGCUGAGUGCAGGAAAUACAGUUUAACCAUUUAAUCAAUCGUGAUUAUCUGUCAGGUGUGAUUGACAUGUUAUGUGAUGUUGGUCUCUGUAUUAUCAAAGUGAUUCAUGAAUUUGAUUUGAAUAAAAUAAGUGCCAUGCUUU